AUGGGACCCCAGCCACAAAAGCUUUACAACAGGAAUCUGAAGCAGGAGGACUGGGAUGAACUCUCCGUCGAAAUGGAGUGUCCAGUUAGCGAAUUGAAGAAAAAGAUGGAUUAUUUGUUGGCAGCCCUUCGCCGUGAAAAAGCAAAAAUCACUAAAACCAGCACAACAGGAAAAGGAGCUGAUGAAGUAUACCAGUCUUCUUGGUUCGCUUUCAAGUAUUUGCAAUUUCUGAUGGACAGAAGCAAACCUCGCCCGAGAAUUAAUACUGAAGGCCAAGACCGCGCUUCGAAGGAUAAUACAUCUGAAAAUGAGGAAAAUGACCACAUAGGUGAAGAUCAUGAUCAGUCACAAGAUAAACAACCCCGUUCCACCGCGAGCACUGAAUCGGACCAAACAACCGAUAAUGCAUAG